GAACGCAGUUCUUCAAGGGGCGUUCGUUUCUGCUGAGGAUCCGGUCGUAUAUUGCAGUGGAUUCCUCGCCUUAGCACUUGUUUUCUGCAGAAUCCCCAGAUCCUGACCCUGCAAAGCUUUUACCCUGCAAAAUGGAGGUGCGCAAGGGCAGUCCUUCUGACGACAAAGGUCCCAAGAUCCUGGCGGUACUAUGGGGACUGACUGGCUUCACGUUGGUUGUUGUCUCAGCUCGUAUGACCAUCCGGGCGAGGAUGCUUCGCAAUUUCGGCCUCGACGACUGGCUGAUUGCCUUUUCAAUGCUCAUGGGCGUUGUGUACUGUGCCAUAACAACAGCCAACAUCGCCAUCGGAUACGGUAAACACGCCUACGUCCUCGAGCAGGAGACCGUCGAGCAAGCCAGUUUUCUCAAUUCACUCAGUUUCCUCUUCGGCAUCAUCUCCUUCUCGGCCCCGAAACUCGCCGUUGGGGCCAUGUUGAUUCGUAUCCUCAACCCAAAGACCCUGCACAAAACAAUCAUCUGGGGGUUGACUGGCCUGGGUGCCGUUAUCUCAGGCAUCUGCAUCAUUAUCCUCUUCACGAUGUGUGACCCACCCAAGGCGCUCUGGCAGACAUCCCUUGUGAUGGCGGGCAAGGCGACCUGUAAGGAUGUGUGGAUUCUGGUCAACUAUGCUAUGUUUACAGGAGCGUACUCUGCCUUUAUCGACUUGUACCUUGCAAUCUACCCGACCACUGUACUCAUGAAGCUGCACAUGUCCCUGCGCAAGCGACUUGCACUGUGUUCCGCUCUAGGACUCGGAGCCAUUGCCUCUGCAAUGGCCGUCGUCAAAUGCACACAAUUGAAAGGCCUCGCUGAUAAAUCGGACUACACUUACGGAACUGCCGAUCUCGUUCUGUGGACCAAUGUCGAAUCGGACGUCGUCAUCAUCGCCUCCUGCAUCCCAACCCUCCAACCAGUUCUAGAACUAAUCCUCGGAAAACGCAAGCUCUCCUCGUACAGCGGGUCCAAGAAUAAAUACAAGGGAAGCCAGCAACUGCAUGAUUCUGAGUACGGGCGGGGAAGUAAGCCGUCCAAGAAACAAGGGAAGAUGGAUCUGACUAUCACCGGCGUGGGCAGCGAGGAGAGUAUCCUGAGGGAUGAUGUGAAUGGGACACCGGGACAUCCUCUAGGUGCUAUUCGCAGGACGGAUAAUGUUACGGUUGAGUAUGAGAGGAGGAUGACCGAGCAUGACCAGGCGGGUAUACGGAGGGAGGAGAGGGGGUCUUGGUGAUGAAACUUUGCUUUUUCUUUUCUUGUGUCAAUGUUUAUACUCAAUCUCGUCUCUCGUUGGGAAUUACUAUGUUUUUGUAAAACAACUCUUACCGUGCCGUCGCUCUUAGCAAUAACAUAUACGUAUGGUGCU